GUGCACAUCAUCGCAAAGGAUCUACGACGGUCCAACAGGUCGUCAAAGUAAAGAAAAUAUUUAAACACACAGGGUUCUUGCUSUACCACUACAAAGAUGACAUUGCCCUUCUUCAACUUGAACAUCCAGUAAAGCUAAGUUCAAAGGUCAAUCUGGCUUGUUUACCGACAGAAGAGGCUCGAGUUGGUGAUCAAUGUUUUGUUUCAGGAUGGGGCCGUCUUCAUGAAACUGGUGCAGUUCCUGACAUCCUCCAGCAGGCUGUGGCUCCAAUUGCAUCACAUGCAGAUUGUAAAAAGCAAUAUAAAACAGGAAUAUACCGCUACACUCACCUUUGUGCUGGACAGGCACAGUCCAGUGGAGCUAGUGCCUGCCAGGGAGAUAGCGGUGGUCCUCUGGUCUGUAAGGUUAACGGUAGAUGGUUCUUGCAUGGUAUAGUCAGUUUUAGUGCCAGUGGAUGUCUUCCUACACACUAUACAGUAUACACAAGGGUUAGCUCUUAUAUCAAGUGGAUAUUUGAUAGAAUUGGAGGCAAUCCUCCUACCAAGCUCCCAGCAUUAACAACGAAUAAACCAACAUCUAUCGCACAGUCUACAAAUCCACCAGUACAACCUUCCACUCGUCCUGAGCCAACACAAAGUCCUACCACUGGCCCUGAGCCAACACAAAGUCCUACUACUUGCAAAGACAAGGCAAGCAAUUGCCAAGGACUUCAAAAUAUUUGCCACACGCCAUUCAUGAAGCGAUUCUGUGCUCGAACGUGUAAGGCUUGCUAGAAGAGAGACCAAAACGCCCGACACCUUAACCAGAUCUUUAUCAAGAAUUUUACUGUUUGCUCUGUCCUGAUUUUGUAAAAUUUAGUAUCUUUUUCAAAACCAAGAUAAAAGCAAAAAUAAAGUUCAUCAAUUAUUUCACAAA